UAUAAACGUUUAGAAAAAAGUCUCCAAUUAUGAAAGUUUCAGAUAUUUAUGUUUUUACUGUAUUGAUAUAUGCAUCAAAUGGUCAGAGCACCGAUCUUUCGGAAUCUCUUUCAAAUAGUGCUUUGAUAAAACGACUUAUUGAAGAAGUGGAUUCGCUGAAAGACUCUGUUCAGGAUUUAAAACAAGAAAAUUUGGAUUUAAAAUCAAAGCUAGAGAAAGUGACAAACAGACUAAGUGAAGUCGAACAACUAAACGCUGUGGACGUUGAAGAAGGAUCGAAUGAAGAAAUAUCAGAUACUGUGUCCGUUUCACUUCCGGUACGAUCGCAGAAAGAUGCUACGAUCUUAAGAGGUCAAAGACAACUCAUGGGCAUUGUUGGAUUCACCUCCUACCUCGACCACGUGUCCACCCUCGGGAAAGACCAGGCAGUUGUAUUUAACAAGGUAGUGACCAACGAAGGACAGGGAUACAGUAGCAACACUGGUAUUUUCCGAGCUCCUGUACCGGGACUGUACCUUUUUUCCUGGGCCGUAACCGCACGAAAGCAGCAGGGACUUAACGGCUACAAUAUAUGGGCGAAACUAAUGAUGAACGGAAAUCAUACGGUUGAAGCAGUAGCUGAGAGUUAUACCGACACUGAAGACAACCAGGGCAGCAACACGGCUGUGUUGAUGAUGAGCCGCGGUGACGAGGUCUGGGUCGCACAUGAAGGUUCCGCAGAUCGGAUACAUGGUGAUCAAGUAGAACGUUCUACAUCAUUCACUGGUGCUCUCUUGGUUCAAACGGAAGAUAACGGUCCAAUUGUAGGAAAAUGA